CUCUGUGAAAAAAAAAUGGGUCACCAUUCUUGUUGUAACCAGCAGAAGGUUAAGAGAGGCCUUUGGUCGCCGGAGGAAGAUGAAAAGCUCAUAAGAUACAUAACCACCCAUGGCUAUGGCUGUUGGAGUGAAGUCCCCGAGAAAGCUGGGCUUCAAAGGUGUGGAAAGAGCUGUCGACUGAGAUGGAUUAAUUAUUUGAGGCCUGAUAUCAGAAGAGGGAGGUUUACUCCGGAGGAAGAGAAGUUAAUCAUCAGCCUUCAUGGAGUUGUAGGAAACAGAUGGGCUCAUAUAGCAAGUCACUUGCCGGGAAGAACAGACAAUGAAAUAAAGAACUACUGGAAUUCAUGGAUAAAGAAAAAGAUACGAAAGCCUUCCUCAUCUCCAAGCAGCACCACCACCACUACCAGCAACACCGAUCAGCAUUCCCAAAUGGGUUACAGUUCGAACCAGCUAGAUUUUGUGAACCAAGAUUUCACGCCAAAGCAGCCAGUAAUUCAUGAAACCAUGUUUUCUUCUUCAUGCCCUCUGUUCAUGUUCGAUACUUCUUCACUUGAUGGGGUUGCGGAAAAUAACGUACGCGCCGAGUCGUAUUUUCAGGAUGCGGUGGGUUUGAUCAACGGUACUGAAACUUGGAAUAUGAGCCAACAUCAAGUUCAAGCUCUGCCGCCUCCGGCGGCAGCUUUCGCGGCCGGCAUGGACGGAAACUAUUUGCCGCCUUUGAUAGAGAACAUGGAAAAUAUGGUGCCUCUUGAUCACGUGCAAUCGUGUAGCAUAGAUGAGGAAGGAGAGAUGGGCUUGGAGUGCUUGCAAAGGCAGGAGUUGAAUGAAUGGGUUGAAUCGCAGCAACAAUGCUCAAACUUUCUUUUCUGGGAUCACGUUGAAGGACCACUCGGUGGGGAAGAAAUUGCACCAGCUUCAUCAAAUGUGGGAGCUAAUAAUACAUUGACUCAUGCUUUUCCUUCGUCUCUAGAAAUUAAGAAUAAAGGCAAUGCAACAGUGCAAGAUGCAAAGUUUGAUGACAACGAUGAGAUUCCCUUGGCUCUGUCUGAGCCUCAGAUCAUUUCAGAGAAAAACCGCCGUGAGAUCUCCAAGUACCUCUUCCAAGAGGGAGUUUGCUAUGCGAAGAAAGACUUCAAUCUGGCGAAGCACCCGGAGAUCGACGUGCCGAAUCUACAGGUAAUAAAGCUGAUGCAGAGCUUCAAGUCCAAGGCGUACGUGCGCGAGACCUUUGCUUGGAUGCACUACUACUGGUAUCUCACCAAUGACGGUAUCGAGUUCCUCAGGACUUACCUCAACCUUCCCUCCGAGAUUGUCCCAGCUACUCUGAAGAAACAGGCCCGACCUGCUGGUCGGCCCUUUGGAGGCCCAUCCGGAGAUCGCCCACGUGGCCCUCCUCGUUUUGAGGGAGAGAGGAGAUUUGGUGACCGAGAUGGGUACCGUGGAGGUCCCCGUGCACCGGGUGGUGACUAUGGUGACAAGGGAGGAGCACCUGCUGACUACAGGCCUAGUUUUGGGGGACCUGGUGGAAGGCCUGGCUUUGGUCGUGGAGCUGGUGGUUUUGGUGGGGCCCCAGAGAGCUCAAAUCUCUCUCGAGAGUGAUGUUUCCUGUUCCUAAAUUGCAUGGUUUUGACAGUUCAAUUUUUAAGGAGAAUCCAUUUCACUUACUGCAUAUGGGAGUUGAAUAGCAAUUCUUGUUUUUGUUCGUCUGGUGUUGUAUUGGUAAUAGUUACUAUUUAAGUUUCCUGGUUUAUGAGUUGUCUUUUAAUACAUUUCCCAAGCAUUAUCCACAUAGUUCAGCUUUAUGCUA